AGCCCCGCCCCCUCGCACGCCCACGUGACCUCCCGCUCACGUGACCGCGGGGCGCGGAGCCCCCGGACCCCUCAGACCCCCCCCGCCCCCCCCGCAGGAUUUGGGGACCCCCCCGACCCCCCCCAGCCAUGGAGGAGGUGGACAAGAUCCUGAUCCACUCUCUGCGCCAGGCGGGGACGGCGGUGCCCCCCGAGGUUCAGAGCGUGCGGGACCUGACCCCGGAGCUGGUGGUGGACGCGGCCGUUCGGUGUCUCCGGGCCGUGCGUCCCGCGCUGGGGGGGCCCCUGAGCCCCCUCCUACCCCCCGGAAUCUCCGCCCGCUUCCGCCUCGCCUCCGACCUGGCGGCCGCCUGCCAGGAGCUGGGAUUUGGGGGGGACGUGGGGUACCAGACCUUCCUGUACAGCUCCGAGCACGACACGCGGCGCCUGCUCCUCUUCCUGGUGGAGAAGCUGCCGCGGGACGAGGGCGAGCGCGGGGCCGAGCCCCCCGGGAAAUCGGGGGCUCUGCUCCGAGCCAUCGGCGCCCGGAUCCGGGAGCAGUUGGGGACCCCCUGGGUGCCCCCCCAGUGCCGGACCCCCCGACUGCAGCGGCUGCAGGGCACCGGGCGCCUCCACCCGUUCAGGACCUGUCCCCUGGUGCUGCCCCAGAGCGGGGGGGGCCCGGAGCUGCAGGAGUAUUUUGGGGGGGUGGCCCCCCCGGUGCCAGCGCAGCCCCCCCAGCCCCACGGGACCCCCCCGGCCCUGCUGGAGACCCACCAGGCCCAGCUCAGCGCCCGCCACGACCGCGAGGCAGAGUGGGGGGGCCCCGGCCUGGGCUCCCCCCUCACCCCCCAGGAUUUCGUGGGUCGGAAGCGGCUCCGGGUUCGGCUCCGGGCUCUGGAGCCCCUGAGGCAGCUCUGCCCCCCCCGGGACCCCCCCCCGGGACCCCCCCCGGGGCCCCCCCUGGACCCCUCCUGGCUCCGGGAGGCCUUUGGGGCCGGGGGGGGUCCCGAGGGUCCCGGGGGGGGUCCCGGGGGGGCCCUGCCCAAGGGGUCCCGGUUCACCCGCACCCAGCACCUCACCCGGCAGCAGGACCCCCAGACCCUCCUGCAGCAGCUCCCUGCGGUCACCGAGACCCCUCAGCCACCCCCGGGCCCCGAGGAGGGGGAGCCCCCCCCCAGCGAAGAGGCCGCCCUGGAGGCCGCCCUGGCCCGGCUGGAGGCCGAGAUCGAGGGCACCCGGGGGCAGCUCCGGGCGGCCCAGCUCGGCCUGGCCCAGGCAGAGGCCGAGGUGCAGCAGGGCCGGGGGGCUCUGGGGGGCCGUGAGGACGAGCUGAGGGUCAAGGCCAGGGCUGUGGAGCUGCUCCCGGACGCCCAGAACAACAUGGCCAAGCUGCAGCUGGUGGUGGAGUCGAGCAGCCGCCGUAUCGUGAGCCUGGCGGGGCAGUGGGAGCGGCACCGGGGGCCCCUCCUGGCCCAGUUCCGGCAGCUCCGAGCCCUCCGGGACUCUGCCCAGCGCGAGUCCUCGCUCCGCCUGGCCCAGACCCGGGCGCUGCUCCAGCGCAGCCGCGCGGCCGCCGAGGAGGCCCGGAGGAAAGAGACCCUGCACGCCCAGCUGGUGGCCGAGCUGGAGGCGCUGCCCCGGGACGUGUCGCGGGCCGUGUACACCCAGCGCAUCCUGGAGAUCGUGGGCAACAUCCGCAAGCAGAAGGAGGAGAUCGGCAAGAUCCUGGAGGACACUCGGGCGCUGCAGAAGGAGAUCAACGCCCUGGGGGGGAAACUGGAGAGAACCUUCAGCGUCACCGACGAGCUGCUCUUCAAGGACGCCAAGAGGGACGAGGUGGUGAGAAAAGCCUACAAGUACCUGGCGGCCCUGCACGAGAACUGUGCCCAGCUGAUCCGGACCAUCGAGGACACCGGGACCAUCCAGAGGGAGAUCCGGGACCUGGAGGAGCAGAUCGAGGGGGAGACGAGCUCCCAGCCCCCCGCCAGCCUGGAGCGGAUCCUCAGCGACUGCCGCGCGCUGCGCGAGGAGAACGCGCUGCUGGCGGCCCGGGCGCGCCACGCCUGAGCCCACACACCCCAAAAACAGCCCAAAACAGCCCAAAACACCCCAAAACACCCCAAAAACCACCCCAAAACACCCCAAAACACCCCCAAAACACCCCCAAAA